AUGAAUGAAAGUCUAGAUAAGUUAUCCACACUUGAUCUGUUGAAUGAACUUAAACGAAGGUAUGCCUGUUUAAGUAAGCCUGAUGGACGAUACGUAUUUAUAGGUGCUCCUGGAUCUGGAAAGGGAACACAAUCAUUAAAUUUGAAGAACUCACAUUGCUAUUGUCAUUUAUCUACCGGUGAUUUACUAAGAGAAGCAGCAGAAAAAAAAAAUGAAUUAGGAAAUAAAAUUAGAAGUAUUAUAAAUGAAGGUAAAUUAGUUGAUAAUGAACUUGUGCUAUCAUUAGUUGAUGAUAAAUUAAAAUCACCUCAAUGCAAAAAAGGUUUUAUUUUAGAUGGAUAUCCACGAAAUGUACAACAAGCUGAAGAUUUAAAUAAAUUAUUAGAUAAAAAUAAACUAAAGUUAAAUGGUGUUUUCUAUUUUAAUGUACCUGAUGAAGUAUUAGUAGAAAGAAUAUGUGGUAGAUUGAUACAUAAGCCCUCUGGUAGAAUAUAUCAUAAAACUCUAAACCCUCCAAAAACCCCAUUUAGAGACGAUAUAACUAAUGAGCCACUAACUCAAAGAGAUGAUGACAAUGAAGCAGUUUUAAAAAAACGAUUAGGUGUUUUUAAAAAUGAAACGACACCAUUAAUAAAUUAUUAUAAAAAUAAAAAUUUAUUAAUUAAUUUGGAUGCUACAAAACCAGCAGCUGAUAUUGAAAAAAAUAUAUCUCAACACAUAAGUGGUUAA